UGUUUUGAUGAAUAAUACUUGGUGGGGCGAGGGGGUAAGAGUAGGGGUGGAGGGGUAGGAGGAUUUACACUUCCAGCGAGAGCACCGCCAGUCCCAUCCUCCCCCUCCCCCCUGCCCAGGCUCCAGCGUGGAGGAGGGGCGUGUCUGGCCUGCUUUUAGAGAGGAGGGGCUUCCCUGUACAGUGCUGGGCUCUGCCAGGGCGGCUGUGGGGUCGCCUUACCUCGGGGCGUCCACCCUACAGGCGAGCAGUUCCCGCCAGGGGCAAAGGGAUAGGAAGGAGGGCAGGAGCUGCUGGAGAAAACGCAGUGGCCGCGCCGCCACAGCAAGACACAUCACGCUGGGGGCACGAGACGAGCCGGAGACCGCGCUGCCUGCUCUGGGUAACCUGGGAAGCAGAGGGUAGUGAGUAGCGACUUAAGAUAACCCCAUAACAGCAGCCCCGGCGGCCGGCGGAGGUUGCUCUGGGCACGAGCAGCUGUAGGAGUCUGGGGCGACCGAAGCGACCGAAGCCAAGGCAGACCAGUGCCUCGUGUUCUUAUUUUUUUAACCUCUGACUAUGCAAUUCUGAAACCUCCCCCAUUCGGGGGACCAGACAGCCUGCUAGACACCUUCUACCCUCCUUCCUCUCGCCCUGGUCUCGAGAACAGAAGGAUCUCUCCCUAACGCCUUUCACCAUUAAGAGGAAAGCGAUGGAGGAGCUGAGCGCUGAUGAGAUCCGACGGCGGCGCCUGGCACGACUUGCUGGUGGACAGACCUCCCAGCCGAGCACCCCGCUUACCUCUCCCCAGAGGGAGAACCCUCCAGGGCCCCCGAUAGCAGCGUCAGCCCCAGGCCCCUCCCAGAGUCUUGGUCUCAAUGUCCACAACAUGACCCCAGCUACCUCCCCAAUAGGUGCAGCAGGAGUCGCCCAUCGGAGCCAGAGCAGCGAAGGGGUCAGCUCUCUCAGCAGCUCGCCUUCCAACAGCCUCGAGACGCAGUCUCAGUCCCUCUCCCGCUCCCAGAGCAUGGACAUCGAUGGCGUUCCCUGUGAGAAAAGCAUGUCCCAGGUGGAUGUGGAUUCAGGAAUUGAAAAUAUGGAGGUUGAUGAAAACGACCGAAGAGAAAAGAGGAGCCUCAGUGACAAGGAGCCGUCCUCAGGCCCAGAGGUGUCCGAAGAGCAGGCCUUACAGCUGGUCUGUAAGAUCUUCCGAGUCUCUUGGAAGGAUCGGGACAGAGAUGUCAUCUUCCUUCCUUCUCUUUCUGCACAGUUUAAGCAGAACCCAAAAGAAGUGUUCUCUGAUUUUAAGGACUUGAUUGGCCAGAUUUUGAUGGAAGUGCUAAUGAUGUCCACUCAGACUAGAGAUGAAAACCCAUUUGCCAGUCUGACAGCCACGUCACAGCCCAUUGCCGCGGCAGCUCGGUCACCAGACAGAAAUCUCAUGCUGAAUACUGGCUCCAAUCCAGGAACAAGCCCCAUGUUCUGCAACUUGGGUUCCUUCAGUGCCAGCUCUUUGUCUAGCCUCUAUGAAACUAGUCCAGCUCCCACGACCAGCUUCUGGAACUCGGUGCCAGUGCUGAGUCCGUCUUUUGCCUCACCUUCCCAUGUAGCCAACCAGACAGCUGUGCCUUCUGCUUCCCUCAGCCCGCACAGUGCUGCUUCUGGAACUGCGGCAGGAAGCCAGCCCUCAUCCCCACGGUAUCGGCCCUACACGGUCAUUCAUCCGUGGGGGCCGUCACCUUGUGCCAUCCCACGGUCUGCAGGCAUCUCCGUCCCAUCUAGCUCCCCAAGGCUCCCUGCCCUUGCAAGUAGCCCUCAGGCAGUACCUGCCAGCACUUCCAGACCGAGACCCUCCAGCAUGGGCUCAGCUGUCCCACCCGCUUCACCCAGUGACGCCAGCAGACGCCCCUCCUCCCUGCGGAUCUCUCCUAGUAUGUACGACAGUCCUUUCUCCUUCCUCUUCCUCGCACUCUCUGGAGACAGUAGUGAUGAAGAAGAUGAAGAAGAUGAUGAUGAUGGUGAUGAAGGUGGUGGUGGUGGUGAUGAUUUUUCUUGUGUCCAGUUUGGGUCCAGUUUGGGAGCCUCUGGUGGAGCAAGUACUUGGGAUUCCUACAGUGACCAUUUUACCAUUGAAACCUGCAAGGAGACAGAUAUGCUGAACUACCUCAUUGAGUGUUUUGACCGAGUUGGAAUAGAGGAAAAAAAAGCACCAAAGAUGUGCAGCCAGCCAGCAGUCAGCCAGCUUCUGAGCAACGUCCGCUCCCAGUGCAUAUCCCACACCGCGCUCGUCCUGCAGGGCUCCCUGACACAGCCAAGGUCCAUGCAGCAGCCGUCCUUCCUCGUGCCGUACAUGCUAUGUAGGAAUCUCCCAUAUGGCUUCAUUCAAGAACUGGUGCGAACCACUCACCAGGAUGAGGAAGUGUUCAAGCAGAUCUUUAUCCCCAUUUUACAAGGCCUGGCUCUUGCUGCCAAAGAAUGCUCCCUCGAUAGUGACUACUUUAAGUACCCUCUCAUGGCAUUAGGUGAGCUCUGUGAAACUAAGUUUGGGAAGACCCACCCUGUGUGCAAUUUGGUCGCCUCUUUGCCCUUAUGGUUGCCGAAAUCCUUAAGCCCUGGCUCCGGGCGGGAGCUGCAGAGACUCUCGUACUUGGGGGCCUUCUUCAGCUUCUCCGUCUUUGCAGAAGAUGAUGUUAAAGUGGUUGAAAAAUACUUCUCAGGGCCUGCCAUUACCCUGGAAAACACUCGUGUCGUUAGCCAAUCACUACAGCAUUACCUGGAGCUGGGAAGGCAAGAGCUUUUCAAGAUUCUGCAUAGCAUUUUGUUAAAUGGCGAAACCCGCGAGGCAGCUCUCGGUUACAUGGCGGCUGUGGUCAAUGCCAACAUGAAGAAGGCACAGAUGCAGACAGAUGAUAGGUUGGUAUCUACGGAUGGAUUUAUGCUGAAUUUCCUUUGGGUGCUGCAGCAGCUAAGUACAAAAAUCAAGUUGGAAACAGUUGACCCCACGUACAUAUUCCACCCAAGAUGUCGCAUCACUCUCCCAAAUGACGAGACCCGAGUGAACGCGACGAUGGAGGAUGUGAACGACUGGCUGGCUGACCUCUAUGGAGAUCAGCCUCCAUUUUCUGAGCCGAAAUUCCCCACGGAAUGCUUCUUCCUCACCCUGCACGCGCACCACCUCUCUAUUCUGCCUAGUUGUCGUCGCUAUAUUCGCAGACUGCGGGCCAUCCGGGAGCUCAAUAGAACUGUAGAAGAUUUGAAAAAUAAUGAAAGCCAGUGGAAAGAUUCCCCACUGGCAACUAGACACCGCGAAAUGCUGAAGCGCUGUAAAACUCAGCUUAAGAAACUGGUACGGUGCAAGGCCUGUGCUGACGCUGGCUUACUUGACGAGAGCUUCCUGAGAAGAUGUCUGAGUUUUUAUGGCCUUCUUAUUCAGCUGCUGCUCCGCAUCCUGGACCCUGCAUAUCCCGACAUAACACUGCCUUUAAAUUCAGAUGUCCCCAAGGUAUUUGCAGCAUUGCCUGAGUUUUAUGUAGAAGAUGUUGCUGAAUUUUUAUUUUUUAUUGUACAAUACUCUCCUCAGGUGCUUUAUGAGCCCUGCACUCAGGAUAUUGUGAUGUUCCUUGUUGUGAUGUUGUGCAACCAGAACUACAUCCGAAAUCCAUACCUAGUGGCCAAACUGGUAGAAGUCAUGUUUAUGACCAACCCUGCUGUUCAGCCACGAACCCAGAAGUUUUUUGAAAUGAUUGAGAACCAUCCUCUCUCCACCAAGUUGCUGGUACCUUCCCUGAUGAAAUUCUACACAGAUGUUGAGCAUACUGGAGCCACCAGUGAGUUCUAUGACAAGUUCACGAUUCGCUACCACAUUAGCACCAUUUUUAAAAGCCUUUGGCAAAACAUAGCUCACCAUGGCACCUUUAUGGAGGAGUUCAAUUCUGGGAAGCAGUUUGUGCGCUAUAUAAACAUGCUGAUAAACGACACGACGUUCUUGCUGGACGAAAGCCUGGAGUCCCUGAAGCGGAUCCAUGAAGUGCAAGAAGAGAUGAAGAACAAAGAGCAGUGGGCCCAGUUGCCGCGGGAUCAGCAGCAGGCCCGGCAGUCUCAGCUUGCUCAGGACGAGCGUGUUUCACGCUCUUAUCUGGCCCUGGCGACAGAAACCGUGGACAUGUUCCAUAUCCUCACGAAGCAGGUCCAGAAGCCAUUCCUCAGACCGGAACUUGGACCCCGAUUGGCUGCAAUGCUGAACUUUAAUCUUCAGCAACUCUGUGGCCCGAAGUGCCGUGACCUGAAAGUUGAAAACCCAGAGAAAUACGGCUUUGAACCAAAGAAGCUGUUGGACCAGCUGACGGAUAUUUACUUGCAGCUGGACUGUGCUCGGUUUGCUAAAGCCAUUGCCGAUGACCAGAGAUCCUACAGCAAGGAACUGUUUGAAGAAGUCAUUUCAAAGAUGCGGAAGGCAGGGAUCAAAUCCACAAUAGCGAUAGAGAAGUUUAAACUUCUCGCCGAGAAAGUAGAGGAGAUAGUGGCUAAGAAUGCACGAGCAGAAAUCGACUACAGUGACGCUCCGGAUGAGUUCAGAGACCCUCUGAUGGACACCCUGAUGACUGACCCUGUGCGGCUGCCCUCUGGCACCAUCAUGGACCGCUCCAUCAUCCUGCGGCACUUGCUGAACUCCCCCACCGACCCCUUCAACCGGCAGACGCUGACCGAGAGCAUGCUGGAACCAGUGCCAGAACUGAAAGAACAGAUUCAGGCGUGGAUGAGAGAGAAACAGAACAGCGAUCACUAACCGCCCUCCGCCCACCUCUGCUGGGAGCAGCCAAGGCCAGCGAGGCAGCAGGGCAGCUGCCACAGUGUGACUGCUGCUGACCGUCGAGGCCAGAUGCGGCCAGUUCCCGAGAGCCCACCCAGAGCGACCAAACACAGAGACCUGAAGGGACGUGAAUGAGAAGAGGAGCCCAAUCCUGUACAUAUAUUUAAGUGACAGACACAGUCAAAAGCUUGAGGGACGGGUUUUAUGGUUGCUUGCGUAAUAAAGCACGUCCUUCCGUGUCACGAUGGGGCUUUUGCAGUGGAAGUCUUUUAGUGAUGGUGACUGGGCCUGGGCAGCGUCCCCUCAUCCUUCGUCGUUGGGUUUUUGUUUUUUUUGUUUUUUUUUUUGUUUUGGUUUUUUUUUGUUUUGGUUUUUUUUUUUUU